UUUGGGUAUAACUCAUCGGAUCAGAAUCCAUUCAUCUACUGUUACCCAUUCUAGGGUUAGGGUUAGGGUCUCCGUUCACUGGACUUCUUUCGACGCUUGUAAACAUGAUGCAACCAUCCAACGGCGUCGUUCCACCUCAGAUGCCACCUCCGACAAUGGACCAACAGCAGCAGCCGUGGAUGAUGAUGCAGCAGCCACCACCCCAGAUGUGGGCCCAACAGCCGCCGCCCCCGCAUCAGGUGGCGCCACCGCCGCAGCACCCACCCCAGCAGCCUCAGCCCCAUCCCCAUCCCCAACAGCAGAUGCCGCAGUACCAGCCUGCGCAGCCCGCAAGCGCCGACGAGGUUCGUACGCUUUGGAUCGGAGAUUUGCAGUACUGGAUGGAUGAGAACUACAUCAAUGGGUGCUUCGCGCAUACUGGGGAGGUUACUUCUGUGAAACUUAUUCGUAACAAGCAAACUAAUCAAUUAGAGGGUUAUGGUUUUAUUGAAUUUAUUUCUCGUGCUGCUGCUGAAAGAAUUUUGCAGACAUAUAAUGGUAGCCUCAUGCCAAAUGUUGAGCAGAAUUUUAGACUAAACUGGGCUUCUUUUGGAGUGGGUGAAAAACGUCCAGAUAAUACUCCUGAUUUCACAAUUUUUGUUGGAGACCUGGCUUCAGAUGUUACAGAUUACAUGUUACAAGAGACAUUCAGGGUUCACUAUCCCUCAGUUAAGGGUGCUAAGGUUGUGACUGACAGGCUUACUAGCCGCACGAAGGGCUAUGGGUUUGUUAGGUUUGGAGAUGAAAGUGAACAAUUGCGAGCCAUGACCGAGAUGAAUGGAAUGUUCUGUUCCACUAGACCCAUGCGUAUUGGACCAGCUACUACCAAGAAAACUGUUGGCAGUGAGCAAUACCCAAAAGCUUCAUAUCAGAAUUCUCAAGGAACUGAGAACGAGAGUGACCCAAAUAAUACAACUAUAUUUGUUGGUGGUUUAGAUUCCAGCGUCUCAGAUGACCACUUGAGACAAGUUUUUAGCCAAUAUGGCGAGUUAGUUCAUGUUAAAAUACCAGUUGGCAAGCGAUGUGGAUUUGUCCAAUUUGCUGACAGAGCUUGUGCAGAGGAGGCACUGCGGAUGUUAAAUGGAACUCCGUUGGGUGGUCAAAAUAUUCGACUCUCAUGGGGUCGGAGUCCUUCAAACAGACAGGAUCCAUCUGUUGGAGCUGUUCAGCCUCAGCCAGAUCCAAACCAAUAUGGUGGAUAUUAUGGAUAUACACAUGGAUAUGAAACAUAUGGAUAUGCCCCGCCUGCGCAAGAUCCUAACAUGUACUAUGGCUACUCUGGAUAUGGAAAUUACCAACAGCCACAGCAGCAGCAGCCGCAGCAGGUGCAAUAUAGCUAAAAGCUUUUGGUUUAUUUUAUGCGUUGUUAUAUUUUGUCGGUAAAGAUAUGAAGUAAUAUAAAGGUAUUCUAUAUGGUUUUUUGGUUUUGUCAUAUAUAAGCCUAUGGAAAGGGGAAAAGAUCAGGGAAUUGAAUUUUCUGUUCCAUAUGGUUGAUGCGCUUACUUUCAAAUCGGAUAUCUGCUGCAUGAUCCUUUAAUCCUUCAUCGUAAGGCCAAUUAGUUCCUUGGUUAUUGUCAACAACAAAAAGGCUUUUUGGUUUAUUAUUAAGGGUGGAUGUAGUAUUUACUUGGUGAAUAAUUUUAUGGUAUGAAUUUAUAUUUUUACUGGAUACAAGGCUUGGUAAUAAUAUUAUGUUGCUGCAUUGCAGUGAUUUUGAUCAUAAGCCGGGCAGUGGAGUUAAGAGGUCACUUGAAGAUGGAGGCAAAUAUCUUAUUCAUAUCGGAGUAUGCAGAGUUUAGUUUGUUCCAGAUUGACACUGGUAGUAGGGAUAUUGGCUGCUGCAUCCAAUUCUGUGUGUUAGUGUUGAUAGGUCUUUCUUUAAUGCUGUUCAAUGGAGAGCGGGGCCUGCCUUUCCAGGCGCUUGCAUGGUGUUUACUUUUUCCUUUCUUCCCCCUCUUCUACUCUCAAGUUGUUUGUUAGGCUCUGGGUUUAAUUCACCUAUCCUAUACGUAGACCUAAGUAUUGGCGUUUGAUUGAUAUUGUUAUUCUAAUGACUUUCUCUGGAAUUGGUCCUAUGUAAUUUGGCGUUGGAUGGCUUUGGUAAAGUAGGAACUUUCUACAAUGUGGAACUCUUAUUACUCAA